AUGUCAUACUUGCCCUGCAUGACAACUCAUGCAGACACAUUCGACCGACUCCCUAUCAUACUGGCAAACCAGUUGAAAGAAAACCACACUCUCAAGGAACUUAAUCUUUCGGAUAAUGUAAUAUCUGAUAUAGGAGGCGAAGCACUGGCUGAAGCACUGAAAGCGAACAAAACUCUCACGCAACUUAAUGUUUCUCAUAACCGAAUAUCUACUCGAGGAGCCCAAGCACUGGCUCAAGCAUUGACAGUGAACAAAACGGUUACUCACCUUGAUCUUGGAUCUAACAAAAUAUCUGAUAUCGGAGCCGGAGCACUGGCAGAAGCCUUGAAGCUGAACAAAACUCUCAUGCAACUUAGAAUUUACUGUAACCAAAUAUCUGUUCGCGGAGGCGAAGCACUGGCUGAAGCACUGAAAGUGAAUAAAACUAUUACUCAACUUGAUCUUCGAACGAACAAAAUAUCUGCUCGAGGAGGCCAAGCACUGGCUGAAGCACUGAAAGUGAACAACACUCUCACGCAACUUCAUCUUUAUCAUAACCAACUAUCUGACAACGGAGCCGAAGCACUGGCUGAAGCAUUGAAAGUGAACAAAACUCUUACUAAACUUGAUCUUCAAAGUAACCAGAUAUCUGCUCGAGGGGGCGAAGAACUGGCUCAAGCAUUGAAAGUAAACAAAACUCUUACGCAACUUAAUCUUUCUAAUAACCGAAUAUCUACUAGAGGAGGCGAAGCACUGGCUGAAGCAUUGAACAUGAACAAAGCUCUUACUCAACUUAAUGUUUCGGACAAUCGAAUAUCCGUUAGUGGAGGCGAAGCACUGGCCGAAGCAUUGAAAGUGAACAACACUCUCAGGCGACUUCAUCUUCAUCAUAACCAAAUAUCUGAUAAAGGAGCCGAAGCACUGGCUGAAGCACUGAGGGUGAACAAAACUCUUACUGAACUUGAUCUUCGAAGCAACCAAAUAUACAAGGGAGGAGACAAAGCACUGGCUGAAGCACGAAAAGUGAACAACACUCUCACGCGACUUAAUCGUCAUUAA